AUGGCUUCUUCAUCAUUCCGCUUUUUUGCCCUCUUCCUCUCUAUCGGCAUGGUGACAGGGGUAAUUAGCCAACCAUUGUUAAGGAGACUAGAUUCUCAGAUUCUACAGGAUCUGUUCGGGUCACAGAUCACUUCACUCCUAUUGACCCAGCCUGAGGUCACAGAAGGAUCAGCUCAAAGCCCCGCCCCCUCUGUGAGUGACAGGCAUGGACCAACAGAAAGUUUUGUGAUUGAAGAACCUCUCCAUCUUGUGCCCCGCCCCUUCCUAGACUUGCUGAUGAGGCAGAGGAAGUUCCGGGUGCGGAGCAGGAAAGGUUCUGCACGCGGCUGCUUUGGGAUUAAAGUGGACCGUAUCGGUGCUCUCAGUGGACUUGGCUGCUGA